AUGUAUCCUGCACUGGCAGCAAAGAUCAUGAACUGCAGAUUGUUGAGACGCAGUGAACCGCCGGUGGGAGUUGGAGAUCCAUGUGCGGGUUGUAAUAAACCAAUUUUAGAUAAAUUUUUAUUAAAUGUCCUGGAGAGAGGAUGGCAUGCGUCAUGUGUGCGUUGCUGUGAAUGCCUUCAAUUAUUAACUGAUAAAUGCUUUAGUAGAGAAUCUAAAUUAUAUUGUAGAAAUGAUUUUUUUAGACGUUAUGGCACCAAAUGUAGUGGCUGCGGCCAAGGUAUUGCACCCUCCGAUCUCGUACGAAAACCGCGUGAUAAAGUGUUCCACCUAAAUUGCUUUACAUGCUGUAUGUGCCGAAAACAGCUCAGCACCGGUGAACAACUUUAUGUGCUGGACGACAAUAAAUUUAUCUGCAAGGAAGAUUAUCUGCUCGGUAAAGCGCCUUCAUGUGGGCAUAACUCACUCAGUGGUAAGUACACCAAAUACAGCCAUAACACAUUUAAACGAACAGAAGCUGUAAAAGUUAAACCAUAAAUUGUCAACAAUGUUUUUGGCCAAACAACAC